AAAUUGAUUAACCACCUUAAUUCCUACAGUAUGCUUCAGGACUAUUCCUGAGACAGCUGAAACUGCCAAGGGUGGAAAUCUAAAAAUAGGAAAUGUGGACAGAGAUAAGAAAGAGGAAGAGUACAGAAGGGAGCCAGUAGAGCCCAACACAAUUAAAUCUAUUGCCAUUGCCAAUACCAGCUCAUAAAUUAUAACACCACCCCUAAUCCUGAUUGUGUUGGUCAUAUACACUUGUUGAAAGCAUGGAUUUCUCAGCUAGUCCCAAGGAACUUAAGCCAGAGACUCUGGACACUGAUGAGGUAAAUGAUUCUCCAAUUGAGCAAGUUCGCCUCACAGUGCCAAUAACAGAUGAUCCGACACUGCCUUGCUUGACAUUCCGGACAUGGUUUUUGGGGACUAUUUCAUGCGCCCUUCUGGCAUUCUUGAACCAAUUCUUUGGCUACCGCCAAAACGCGCUAUACAUAUCGUCUGUUUCAGCCCAAAUUGUAGUACUUCCGAUUGGGAAGCUGAUGGCAGCAUAUCUACCAACCAGGAGUAUACGAAUCCCAAAGACAAAAUGGUCCUUCUCUUUGAACCCAGGGCCUUUCAACUUGAAAGAGCAUGUCCUUAUCACCAUUUUCGCGAAUUCUGGUUCGAAUUCAGUUUAUGCAGUGGGUAUUAUUACUAUAGUGAAGGCCUUCUACCACAGGGAACUUCAUCCUUUUGCAGCCAUGUUGUUAACACAAACUACCCAGAUGCUUGGAUAUGGAUGGGCUGGUAUUUUCAGAAAGUUUCUAGUUGAUUCUCCACACAUGUGGUGGCCUGCUAAUCUGGUUCAGGUCUCCCUCUUCAGAGCAUUGCAUGAUGUUGAGAGAAGGCCAAAAGGAGGUUUGACGCGACUCCAGUUCUUCAUUGUAGUCCUUGUAUCUAGCUUCUCAUACUACGUGGUUCCAAACUAUCUGUUCCCAUCCAUAACUGCUAUCUCUGUCGUUUGUUUGAUAUGGAAGAACUCGGUAACAGCUCAACAAGUUGGUUCUGGUCUAAAGGGCCUCGGUAUUGGCUCAUUCGCACUUGAUUGGUCAACGGUAGCAGGUUUCCUAGGAAGCCCUCUUGCCACUCCUGGAUUCGCAAUUAUUAACAUACUGGUUGGCUACGUAUUGAUUGUGUACAUAGUCAUCCCUAUUGCCUAUUGGAACAACUUGUUUGAAGCAAGGCGAUUUCCACUUUUCUCUUCACACGUUUAUGAUGCCACCGGAAGGCCCUACAAUGUUUCCCUUGUUUUGAAUGAGACAACAUUUGAUUUCAAUCGCCAGGGAUAUGAUGAUUAUAGCAAGAUUCAUCUGAGUAUCUUCUUUGUAUUUGCUUAUGGUCUAAGCUUUGCAACAUUGGCUGCUACGUUAUCUCAUGUCGCUCUCUUCCAUGGGAGGUCUAUCUGGGAACAAACAAAGGCAUCAUUCCAACAUAAGUACGGGGAUGUCCACACAAGGCUGAUGAAGAAAAACUAUGAUCAAGUACCUCAGUGGUGGUUUUACUCAAUCCUGGUGUUGGUAGUUGCACUAGCCAUGUUUGCUUGUGAAGGGUUUGGAAGACAAUUACAGCUUCCUUACUGGGGAGUUUUACUGGCAAUGUCCUUGGCCCUGGUUUUCACAUUGCCUAUUGGUGUCAUUACAGCCACCACAAAUCAGUCACCAGGACUUAAUGUAAUCACGGAGCUUAUCAUCGGUUUCAUGUACCCUGGGAGACCUCUUGCCAAUGUUACCUUCAAAACCUAUGGUUUCAUAAGCAUGACACAAGCAAUAAUGUUUCUAUCUGAUUUCAAGCUGGGUCAUUACAUGAAAAUACCUCCAAAGUCCAUGUUUGUUGUCCAGUUAGUGGGAACUGUAAUUGCAUCGUCAGUGUACUUUGGAACGGCAUGGUGGCUGAUCACCACUGUAGAAAACAUCUGCGACCCAACUAAAUUGCCUCAGGGAAGCCCAUGGACAUGUCCAGGAGACGAUGUUUUCUACAAUGCGUCAAUCAUCUGGGGUGUGGUUGGUCCGCUUCGCAUGUUUGGACGUCUUGGAUUAUACCCUAAGAUGAACUACUUCUUUCUCAUUGGAAUUUUGGCACCUAUCCCAGUUUGGGUACUAUCUCGCGUAUUUCCUGACAAAAAAUGGAUAAAGCUCAUAAACAUGCCUAUUUUGAUAGGAGGAGCCGGGGGUUUCUUCCCUGCUAGGGCGGUGAACUACAUGUGCUGGUUGUCUGUGGGCAUUUUUUUCAACUUCGUGGUGUAUAGGAGGUUCAAGGCAUGGUGGGCAAGGCACAACUACAUUCUAUCUGCUGGACUCGAUGCUGGGGUCGCGUUCAUGGCUAUUUUGUGCUAUUUCACAUUGCAAAGUCACAAUAUCAAUGGGAUAAGCUGGUGGGGGUUGGAUUUAGAUGAUCAUUGCCCUCUUGCAAGUUGCCCCACUGCCCCUGGUAUAAAGGUUGCUAAUCCAAAGUGUCCAGUUUUCCAUUGAUCGAGAUUGAUGUUUUCUCUCCGCUUUCCUUGGUUUCAUUCUGUAUGCCCUACAGGUACAUAAAUUCUUGUACUACAGAAUGUAGAAAUGCCACCUAAUUAAAGACAAUGAGCAUUUGUGGUGCUUCAAAUGACAUGACAAAAAUAAAUGCAUCAAUAUAUUAUUAACUC